AUGGAGCAUGGGGCCCGGCGGGGUCGUGGGUGGAGCCUGGGUGACGCUGUCCUCCCUGGCCGGGUGCCCCCAUUCUCUGUCUUCACCGUGCUGGUGGUAAAGCUGCUGGCACUGCUGAUCGCUGCCACUCUCUUGUGGAAUCUGCUGGUACUGGUCACCAUCCUGCGCAUCCGCACCUUCCAUCGCGUGCCGCACAACCUCCUGGGCUCGACGGCCAUCUCGGACAUGCUAGUGGCAGCCGUCGUGAUGCCACUGAGUCUGGUGAGCAAGCUGUCGGCGGGGAGGCGGUGGCGUCUGGGCCAAAGCCUGUGUCACAUGUGGAUCUCUCUCGACGUGCUGUGCUGCACCACUAGCAUCUGGAACAUGGUGGCCAUCGCCCUGGACCGGUACUGGAUCAUCACGCGACUCCUGCAGUACUCACUGCAUGCCCUCUGCCACGCCUCGGCGCUCAUGAUCGCGCUCACCUGGGCCCUGGUGGCUCUCAUCGCCCUCGCCCCACUGCUCUUCGGCUGGGGCGAGGCGUAUGAUGUGGGGCGCCAGCAGUGCCAGGUGAUCCAGGAACCCUCAAACACCGUCUUCUCCACUGGCGGCGCCCUUUACCUGCUGCUUGGCGUCGUGUUGUUCAUCUACUGGAAGAUCUCAAAGACGGCCAAAUUUCGUUUCGGUCGCCGCUGCCGAUGGGCUGUGCUGCCAUUGCCCGCUACCAUGCAGGUGAGGGAAAGUCCACAA